AUGAAGGCCUCGGACCUGUCCGAUGCAACGGCUACGACUGAGGAAAUCCAGGUGCGCACCGACGGCCCCCCGCCUCCCAAGCGCCGUCGGCUCGCUGCCCCGAGGCCGCGCACUACGGCCUACGUCGACCUCGAGGCCCGCAACCCCCAGGACGACGAGAACCUGGAUACGCUGCUGGCAGCCCUACGCAAGAAAAAAAGGAUUGUCGUCAUAGCCGGUGCUGGAAUUUCUGUUUCGGCUGGAAUCCCCGAUUUCCGCUCUUCUACGGGCCUCUUCAGCACCCUGCGCAGCCAACACAAGCUCAAGGCGUCAGGGAAACACUUGUUUGACGCCUCCGUCUACAAGCACAACGCUUCUACAGAGUCUUUCCAUACAAUGGUCCGCGAAUUGGCGCACCUGACGUCACAAGCCGAACCUACCCCCUUCCACCACAUGCUGGCCUCUAUCGCCGAAGAAGGCCGCCUCAUGCGCCUCUACAGCCAGAACAUUGACAGCAUCGACACCCAAAUGCCGCCCCUAGCAACCAAUGUCCCCCUCAACACCAAGGGUCCCUGGCCAACCACUGUCCAGCUCCAUGGCGGGCUCGAGAAGAUGGUGUGCACCAAGUGCGGUCAUCUCGAGGCCUUCAAUGCCUCGCUCUUUGAAGGACCCGAGCCACCCCUGUGUGAGAAAUGCAGGGAACAGGACCAGGUCCGGACCGCCUUCGCCGGAAAGCGUAGCCACGGCAUCGGGAGGCUACGGCCUAGAAUCGUGCUCUACAACGAGUACAACCCGGACGAGGAAGCCAUUGGCAACGUAUCAAAGGCUGACUUGCGGCGGGUACCCGAUGCUGUGAUUGUGGUUGGCACUAGCUUAAAGAUCCCCGGUGUCCGGAGGAUCGUCAAGGAGAUGUGCCAGUUGACCCGGAGCAGACGAGAUGGUAUAACCGCUUGGCUUAACCUCGACCCGGAACCCCAGGGUGUCGAGUUCAAGGACUGUUGGGAUUUGGUGGUUAGGGGAAAGUGCGAUGAUAUCGCCGAGCUCGUAAACCUGCCUCGUUGGGAUCAGCAAGAUAUAGGAGAUCGGGAUUCCUACAUGGUUACAGGCGACGAGCUGAAGGAGAAGCGGUUGGCGGACAGCCUGAAUCGCGCCAGGGUUGACGUCCUCCUCGAGCGUAAGCGCAAGCGAGAUACUCCGGAAGAUCUGGAACCCGCACGUCCCCCGGCGGUGGAACGGACGCCAACAAGCACUCUUUUUAGGCUCGCCGAGCAAGUCGAAGGGGGCAUGCCAACACCCAGUGCAAGUCCCAGGAUCCGGAGCCCCCUUCCGGUUGGCAAGGUUUCGGGCAAUGUUUCUAGCAAAGGGAAGACGAAGCAGAGCACCCUCGCUUUUGGCAGUCUCGACGCUCCCAAAACCAAGAGCUCAAGUUCUGUGCCCAUCAAGGGGAAGACAGCGGUUCAGCGAAAACCACGGCAGCCGAAGAAAGACCAACCUAAACCGCCCAAAGACAAGCUUAACAGGCUUGACCGGGCAUUCAAGGCUACAAAAUCAACAGCGACCAAGCCCCCCAAGGCUCUCAACGAGAAGCUUGUCUUGGGUCUCAAGCCGUGCGGCCUCCCAUCGCCACUUGAAUUGUCAACCGACCUGCCAUCGUUGUCAGCUCUACCCGCACUACGCCCGCCUACCAAGACGCAAGCAUUUAUCUCGCAAACGGAGGAAUCGGCAGCAACGAGCAGUGAGCUUAGCCUCUACAUCUCUUCCAGUCCCCCGGCCACUCCAGUCUUGGGACCCAAGAUGACUGAGACCAUCUCUCCCACUUCUAAACCCCAGAGUCUCUCUCACCUUAUUGAUUAA